AUGAACCCUAUCAACAGCUACCAGGAACCACCUGCUAUACAAACCGAUUACGCCUCCCCUGUCCACCGCCGUGCUCGUGCGGGAACCGUUCCAUCUAGAUUCUCUCCGGGUGGCUUCACUACCGCCCCGACCAUUAUUCCUGGAAUCCCUUCCACAAGCCGCCCCUCCCCGGCACCCUCCCCGUUUAAAUCCAACUCUCCACAGAAUGUCGAGAUGGUGGACAAUAGUCAAGUAUCGGUUGCCCAGUCAUCUUCAUCUGUUGCUUCAAGAUUGAGAUCCGGAUCCCUGAACCUCCCUCCCCGUGCCAACUAUGUGAGCCCGUUUGGACCGUCUAUUUUUGCGAGUUCUUGGACCCCUGGUCGUCCUACCGCGGGUGGGAACAACGGGCUUCCUUCAUCACCUGCACAUUCGUCCUUCUCGAAGGAUGAUGAAGGAACUCAUAUGGCACCAAAGACCUUGGAUUACCUUGGACUUGUAGAUAGCCCCCAAGCCGCUCGUGCUACGUUGGCUAAACCGAUGGGCCUGGAUACUCUUAUUGAAGGGCAAAGGGCAGCAGCUUUGCAACCAUUUAUCUCUGACCUUGCUGGUAUUCAAAGGUCUAAUAGGAUCCGCUCAUACUCUGUCAAUGCCAAGGAAAAGUACGCUGAAGAUGAAGAAGAGGAGGAGGAGGAGGAACAACGUCACCUCUACUCUGGACAACAAAGUGGCAACGUAACGCCCUCGUCUCAAGCUAACUUGGCUGCCCAGGCAGCUCUUCACUCUCUCAGUGUAGCUUACUCCCCAAGUCGUCCCAGAGCCAGGACUGCCGGUGUCCUGGAUUCACCUCCAGUCAAUCGACUAAAGUCUUAUCUGGCCACGCCAUCAAGAUUGGACUCCAUGACAAGUGCCUCUGAUAUUGGCCGGGAUUACUUUGAUUUAGCAAACAAUUCUGAUCAUACUUUGAAGCUCGGAAACAUGCAUCCUAGGCCAUCAAGUGGAGAAGGAGGUUUAGCUUCGAUUGAAGAGUCUUCUCUAGAAGGGCCUACACGCUCACUUUGGCUCGGAAAUAUCCCCGCAUCGACCACUACGACAUCGCUUGUUCAUAUCUUCCAGGGUUUUGGUAAUGUUGAGUCCGCUCGCGUUCUUACCCACAAGAACUGUGGGUUUGUCAACUUUAAUAGCAUCGACUCUGCGGUCCAGGCCCGAAGCAGCCUCAACGGAAAGGAAAUUUUUCCUGGUGCUGGCCCGGUGAGAAUUGGGUUUGCGAAACCAUCCUCAGCUGGAAGCAAUGGUACUCCCACACCAAAUGGUGGUGCUUACGGUUCCCCGAGUCCUGGGCCCCCAGGCGAUUCCGCACCUUCUGCGAUUGGGGAUGGUGCUCUGUCUCGUGAUUCAAAUGGUGCUGCUGCUAAUGGAAACGACACCCGCGACAGCGUUGCAGCACUCAAAUUGCCUGAUCUGAUUGAUAUGAGGGAAGAUAUUGUCAAGAUUGUACAGGAAUUUGGUGCGGAGCAUGAUGAUGCUUUGAUGGUGGGAAACAACAUUGAUAAGGCUGUUGAAUAUCAGAAUUUUGAGCCUGAAAUCCCACCAAUCCCGGAGCCAACCCACAAUCGCGUUCAUGACGCGCCUAAAUUGCGUGAUAUCAGGAAACGGAUUGAUAAUGGAAAUUGCUCGCAAACUGAAAUUGAGGAGAUCGCGAUGACCAUGUUGGAUGAGAUUGCCGAACUCUCUAGUGAUUACCUUGGAAACACUGUUGUACAGAAGCUCUUUGAAUACUGCUCUGAGGAGAUCAAGGGGGCGAUGUUGGUAGAGAUCGGUCCCCACCUUGCCGAAAUUGGAAUCCAUAAGAAUGGCACUUGGGCUGGGCAGAAAAUCAUUGAUGUCGCUAAAACCCCUGCUCAAAUGCAGAAGAUUUGUGAUUGUCUCCGACCCUAUACCGUCGCUCUGUUCCUCGACCAAUAUGGAAACUACGUUCUUCAAUGCUGCCUUCGCUUUGGCGCCCCGUGGAACGACUUUAUUUUCGAGACCAUGUUGAGCCGUAUGUGGGAAAUUGCACAAGGAAGAUUCGGUGCUCGAGCAAUGAGGGCAUGUCUCGAGAGCCAUCAUGCAAGCAAAGACCAGCAAAGAAUGCUCGCUGCUGCUAUCGCUUUGCACAGCGUCCAGCUCGCCACAAAUGCGAAUGGCGCUUUGUUGCUGACUUGGUUUCUGGACACCUGCACAUUCCCUCGUCGUCGCACAGUUCUCGCACCACGUUUGGUUCCGCAUCUUGUGCAUCUUUGCACGCACAAGGUUGCUUAUCUGACUGUGUUGAAAGUUAUUAAUCAGAGGAACGAGCCAGAGGCGCGUGACACAAUCCUUAAGGCCCUAUUCUUCUCGCCUGGAGAUAAAGUGCUGGAAGAUAUUCUCAGUGAUCAUUCAUGUGGAGCAACUCUUAUUUUCAAGGUUCUUACCACACCAUUCUUUGAGGAGACGAUGCGGAGCGAAGUGGCUCAGAACGUCCGGAACGUCCUGCUCAAGCUGAAGGCUACCCCAUCACAGGGGUACAAGAGAUUAAUGGACGAAGUUGGAUUGCCUACUCGCAAUGGGGUUUCUAAUAAUGCCAAUACUAGUAAUGGACCGAAAGACCACCCACGGGAUCGUGUUAACAAUAAUUCAAAUGCCAGUAAUGAUCGCAGGGGAGUGCCCCAGAACUCUCCUGCAAGCCAUAACCACAAUCAUCAUAAUAAUAAUCGCGAUCUUCCGCCAGUAUCGUUUUAUAAUGUUACCCCUUCCAGCUUCGAUCCGGCCGCCUUGGCAGCUGCCGCUUCUCAGAUGCCUCAAAAUGCAGGAUUCGACCCAGUCGCUUUAAGGGCAUUUGAGCAAUUAAGCCUUACUGCAGGCUCACUUUAUGGUACUCCCGGCCCUCCUGGAAUCAAUAACCCCGCUCUUCAAUAUCAGGCCUUGUUGCAACAAUCGAUGGGACGCUCAGGGCCAAAUUUCUUCGGGAUGUCCCCUUCGAUGGGAAGCUAUAAUGGAGGGCAAGCUUCACAAGAUCAGUACCGUGCUGGCCAUCCCGGUAGUUCUCCUGUACCUCAGCCACAGCAAAUGGCGAAUAACCCGAUGCUGGGGAGUAUGGGUGCAACACCCGGAGUCUUCAACCCGUUGCAGCUCAUGACCGGAUAUCCUUAUGGUGUUCCGGUAUUCCAACCACCACAGCAACAGGGCCACAGUGCUGGAAGUGGAAGAAGAGGCGGAAGGCGUUGAUACGAUUUGUCUAUCCUCCCCCAAAAAAUAAUAAACACGGACGAGUCCUUUAUUUCCUCUCUGCGAUCAAUCCUCACAAAUUAUCUUCGUUACUGGCGUAGCAAAUUACAUAAAUCAUACAUUUUUAUCAGUGCAAUAAAUGAGUGGUGGGGGAGGCUAUGUAUUCAUGUAACGGAGCUCUUUUUUUAUUUUUAUUUUUAUUAACGGGAAUGGUUAUUGUAUGUUUCUUUGCUCUUUCCUGAUUUCAUUUCAUCUCACUUUCUCCUGUACCCUUUCAAUAUUAUCUAGGUUAAGAGCUGGA